UAAGAGCCAUCGAAGUUUAGAAAUGAUAUGAACCUUCUGUUUCCUGCCUCAAAAUUCUAUUGCUCUCCGUUUUUGUCUCCAGGCUCUUAUUUCCCUCUGAAUAAGGAUCUCUUCCUCUGUUUCUCUCUCAUUUUUUUUCUUGUUUCUUUCCCAAAUCUCUAACUCAUUUUCUUUCUCAUUUCUCCUUUGAGGCUUUCUCCAUCAACGACGACAUCAUGGCGAACGCGGCAUCUGGAAUGGCUGUUAAUGAUGCAUGUAAAUUGAAGUUUCUGGAGUUAAAGGCAAAGAGGAAUUACCGAUUCAUUGUGUUCAGGAUUGAGAACCAAGAAGUGGUGGUGGAGAAACUCGGAAGCCCCGACGAAACCUAUGAUGACUUCACUGCAUCUCUACCUGCUAAUGAGUGCCGAUAUGCUGUCUUUGAUUUCGAUUUCACUACGGACGAGAACUGUCAGAAAAGCAAAAUUUUCUUCAUUGCAUGGUCACCGGAUACAUCAAGAGUGAGAGAAAAGAUGGUGUAUGCGAGCUCCAAGGAUAGAUUCAAGAGGGAACUCGAUGGCAUUCAAGUUGAAUUGCAAGCAACGGAUCCAAGUGAGAUGAACCACCAUAUUUGA